AUGAUACAUAUGGAAGAAUCAAAUCAAAAAGUAAAAAAACAACGACAACAAACUAAUAUGCGUUCAAUAAUAAAUUUUUUACAAGGUGUUGCAUUUACAUUAUUUAUAUUCGCUAUUAUACUUUCUAUUUAUUUAAUAAGUAUUUAUUCUGCUCGUCUUAAACCAUUAGAUACUUAUGCUAUUGUAUUUGAUGCUGGUAGUUCACAUACAGAAAUGUUUGUUUAUUAUUGGCCAGCUGAUAAAUCUGAUGGUUUAGGUACAACAUCAACAGUUAAUGAAUAUUUUGUUUGUCCAUUAAUAAGUAUAAUUAUAAAUGAUACAACAAAACCAGGCGAAUUAAUUAAACUUAAAGCAAUAUCUGAUUUUGAACAACAUCUUGAGUAUUUAGAUGAUUAUUUUCAACCUUGUUUAACAAAAGCUAUAUCAAAAAUUCCAUCAAAUCGUCAUAAAUUUUCACCUAUUUUUCUUGGUGCAACAGCUGGUAUGCGUUUAGCACGAUUACGUAAUGUAACAAAAUCAUUACAAGUAUUAGAAACAAUACGUGAAAUAUUUUCAAAUUCACCAUUUCAAUUUGUUGUUGCUCGUCAAGUACGAAUAUUAACUGGUAUAGAAGAAGCUAUUGAUGGUUGGAUAACAACAAAUAUAUUAUUAGAAAACUUUAAACAUCGACAUUCAAAAAAGAAACAAUUAGAACAUUCAUCUUCACAAAUUGAAUUUGAUUCUGAUAUGGUUGGUGUACUUGAUUUAGGUGGUGCUUCAACACAAGUUACAUUUACUUAUAAAAAUGAUAAUAAUACUGAACAAGUUCCUGAUGAAUUUACAACAAAUAUUACAUUAUUCGAUACUGUUUAUAGUCCAUAUGCACAUAGUUAUUUAUGUUGGGGUAAAAAUGAAGCAUUAAGACGUUAUCGAGCUCGUCUUCUUAAUGCUGCACUUGAUACAAAACGAUUACAUUUACCAAAUUUAAAAUAUAUUUCUAUUGCUGAUCCAUGUUUAGCUCGUGGUGCAAAUGAUACAUUAACAGUAAAUAGUCUAUUUCGUUCACCAUGUACAAUUAAUGAAAAACAAAUAUAUAUUAAAUAUACAAAUAUAUCAUUAUUUAAAUUUACUGGAACAGGAAAUGCUAGCCAAUGUCGACAAAAUCUUUUACAUUUAUUUGAUGCUAAACGUAAUGAUAAAACAGCUAAUUGUUCAUUUACAAAAGAAUAUUGUACAUUUGAUCAUACAUUUCAACCAAAAAUACCUGAAAAUUUAAAAUUUAUUGGUUUAUCUGGAUAUUAUUAUGUAUUUAAUAAUCUUGCUCAUGGUAUGGUAAAACCCGAAGAAUCAACAACUGAACGAUAUAAACUUCGAGAUUUUCCACAAGAUAUUAUUGCUAAACGUCUUGUCAAUGUUUGUGAAACAAGUUAUGAAUUACUUUAUAAACAAGAAUCUAUGACACCACAAAAUGAACAACAUAAACGAGGUUUAUGUUUUGAUGCAUGGUAUAUGUGGCUUUUAUUAACAUAUGCUAUUGGUUUUAAACAAAAUGAUUUACAACGUUUAAGUUUUGCUAAUACAUUUCCAACAGGCAAAGUUGGUUGGACACUUGGUUAUAUGAUAAAUCAAACAAAUUACAUUCCAGCUGAAUUUCGAGAACAAAAAAUAAAUAGAUCUAAUUUUAUAAGUUGGUUUUCAAGUUCAUUAGCAAUUGCAAUAAUUACAUUAAUAUUUCUUCUACUUACAUGUUAUAUAUGUUGUAGAAAACGAUCAACAAUUGUAUCAAGAAGUAAAGAUGGUUAUAUUAAACCAAUUGAACAAGCAAAUGUUUAA